AGCCACGACCCAGCCGUAAGCCUCCGAUCAUCAUCUGCUCCCAACCUUGCCAUCACCCAGCUUCAUCACACCAGGCCGCAACACAUCUUCACACCACGAACGAACCUAAGAUUAAACAGCCCCUUUCGACCAACUCACACCGGACCGAAAACUAUAAGACCGCUCGCUCAUCAUGCUAUCAAACCCUUCUUCCAUUUUCCUCAUCCCCCUCUUCCUCCUUCACCUCACCUUCUUCACCACACCCACCAUCUCUUCUCCUCUCCAUCUCCACCCCAUUGCUGCUGGCCCUCCUCCACAACGUCUCUCACCACAUACAUCAGCCUCAGGCUGCACCCCCCUAACCUUCCUCGUCCGCGCCACCGCCCUCAACACCGUCUUCCUCCACCCACCCGACCCCCUCUCCGCCUCCUCCAUCCUCUCCUUCCUCCACUCUUCUUACUCCAACUCCACCGGCCCCUUAACGAACGGCACCCAUCUCAUCGGCCGCGGUAACCGCGUCUUUCCCCUCCACGCCACCUAUUGCCGUCCACUCUUCCACCCACCCGGUCUACCUCCUCGCACUCUUCAGGUUUUGGUGCAUGGGGCAACCUACAACCAAACGAUCUGGUCCGGUCUUGGGCUGGGUCACAAUGAUUACGACUGGAUGGGGAUGGCAAGGGCGAGGGGGUAUCACGUCCUAGCUAUCGACCUGCUAGGCCACGGCGGUUCCUCCUUUUCGUCUUCAUCAAAACAAUACGACGGUGUGACGGAAAUCCAACCCCCCCUUCAAUCAUCAGUGCUGCACUCCCUCGUCCGCCUCCUUCGCCACGGUCCAAUCAACGCUCCCAGAAAGGGGUGGAGGAACCCGCUACCUUAUCGUUUCCCCAGGAUCGUGUACGUGGGGCAUGGGUACGGUUCGGCAGGGCUGGUUGUUUCUUUGGUGAGGAGAUACCCGAGGGAUUUGGAUGGGGUGUUUCAGACGUCGCCUAUUGAGAGAAGCGGGUUCAAUAAAAGUGUGGUGAGGAAUUUGGUGCCUGCGCGGAUGGUGGAUGGCUCGGAGAGAUUUGGGCACUUGCCACUGACGUAUUUGGCUUUUCGCGACGGUAAAGAAAGGGAGAAGGCUUUUUAUGCGGGGUUUUAUGACACGGCUAGCAUUCCCGGGGAGGACUUUAGGGGGCAGGGGACCGUUACUGUUGGAGAGGCGGUUUAUUACCACGCGAUGGAAACUAGAGAAGAAGAAGAAGGGGUGGCGAGGGGGUAUAGAGGACCAGUGAUGGUGGUUUCUGGGGAGAGGGAUGCUCUUUUUUGUGCCAGUCAAAGUGGUCGUGAUGAUGAUCGUAAUGAAAGGGGGAGCUGUAAAAAGAAGUUGGUAGAGAUGGGGAAGAGGGUGUGGCCGGAUGCGAAGAAGGUGGAGGUGUAUGUAGCUAGGGAGACGGGGCAUACGUGGAUGAUGCAUUAUAGCGCCAAGAUUACGAUGUGGAGGAUUCAUAAUUGGCUUGAUGGAGUGUUUAGGAGGAAGAUGAAGGAUGAAGAGAUGGUUGACGGAGGAAAGGAUGGGAAAUUGGGCAAGUUGGUGAUGCAGGAUGAAGCAUGGGAUGGGUAUGACAGGAUCGAGUUAGAUGGUGAGUGAGAAUGCCUUUGGAUGGAGUUGAUGGUGCUGAGUGUCCAACUUUGUUAAGGUAGAUAAGUCUAGCAAGUAAAUGGCAUUUGGUGUUUCAAGUA